GAAAGAGAAGAAAGACAAUAGAUUGCCCAAGGUUGGACAAUUAUGAAACCUUCUAACUUUUCUUUCUUACUACCCAUACUUAUUCUUUGCCUUCUUCGUUCUCAUUUGAUAUUCCUCAUGAAGUCCCUUCUCCUUCGUUGUUGUUUAUUCACUUCUUUACCCUCUUCUUUGGGUCAUUUUUCAUAUCACAAUAGUCGCAGAACUCCAUGUCCCGUCAACAUGAAUACAACCCUCAUUUUCUUCCAAAACACAAACAGCAACAACAUCAGAAACAUCAAAAUGAACAACCAAGGCAACAUCAACGAGAACAUCAGAAUCAACAACAACAAAGGCAACGUCAACAAGAACAUCAAAAUCAACAACAACAACAACAAAGGCAACAUCAACAAGAACAAGAACCACAAAUCCCUCAAAGAGAACAACAAACCCCUCGAAGAGAAACAUAUCUGCAUAGUCAUAGACAUGAUCUGAAGCUACCAAAUCAACGUCGAACGAAACCCACUACAUGGUUCAUCGCAUUCUUUUGUGCCAUACUAUGGGUUAUGAUAAUUCUUGGUGGACUAAUCGUUCUCAUUGUGUAUCUUGUGUUCCGUCCAAGAAAUCCACGAUUCGACAUUCCCAACGCAACGCUCAAUACCAUCUACCUUGAUACUAAUGCGCAACUCACCUCUGAUGGUUCUCUACUCAACUCUGAUGUAACCAUCUUAACCAACUUCACGAAUCCGAACCAGAAAGUGAAAAUCGACUACAGUUACAUGGUCAUUGAAUUAUAUUAUAUGAAUACCCUCAUUGCAACCACCUCAGUUAGUCCAUUUUCAGCUGGAAAAGCAGAAUCAAAGCUACUGGGAAUACAUUUCGUGACAAGUCAAGUCAAGUUAUCAUCCAACGAAAUCCAACAGAUCAGGAAGGAGGUAGGAAACAAUACUGUGAAGUUUGAUGUUCAGGGAAAGUUUAGAACAAGAUCAAAUUUUGGCAGUCUCAUCCGUUAUUCGUAUUGGUUGCACGGUCGAUGCACCAUAGUUCUUGCAGGACCACCUUACGGGACUUUAAUUUCACACAAAUGCAUAACGAAACGUUAAUGUCUGAUUUGUCCUUCAUUGAUUAGCCAUUAUUUAUGUCCUCCUAUCAUUAGUCAUUCUAAAUUUGUGUUUCAUACUCUCGUCUAUCGUGAUUUUGUGGCAAUCAAAGAUGCUUACUUAUAUC